AUGGAGCCGUGCGUUCUCCCCGCGGCGGCGCCGCGCGGGCGGCGGGCGCGGGGCGCGCAGGGCGGCUGGGCUGUAAGGGUCCUCGGCCGCGCGGCGCUCUGGGUGCUGCUGCUGGCGCAGGUGGGUGUGCAGGCACCUGCUUGCGCCGUGGGACCCGCAGCGGCCUCGCCGGAGAGCCCGAGCGUCCGGCGUCCUCCUGGACCCGCGGAGUGGCCGGGCUGGGGGGAAAAGGAUGACUAUGAGCUGGUGUCUCCCUAUGAGGUUGACCACAAGGGCAACUACGUGUCCCAUGACAUCACGCACCCCCAGAGGAGGAAAAGGGCUCUGGCCCAGCUCGGAGAUGACUCUCUGCACCUUCGGCUGAAAGGCUUCAGGCAUGACUUCCAUCUGGAUCUGAAAGCCUCCAGCAAGCUGGUGGCACCUGGAUUUCUCAUCCAGACUUUGGGAGAGCGGGGCACGAAAUCAGUGCAGGCUUUCCCACCUGAGGACUUCUGUUUUUAUCAAGGCUCCUUGCGAUCCCACAAAAAUUCCUCAGUGGCUCUUUCGACCUGCAAAGGAUUGUCAGGCAUGAUAAGAACCCAGGAGGCGGACUACUUCCUGAAGCCCCUCCCUUCACACCUGGCAGGGAGCCCCAGUGACUCCAUGGGGGGCAGGCCUCCCUCCCACAUCCUGUACAAGAGAUCCACCGAGCCACCAGCCCUGGGGCCCCACCGGGUCGCGAUGAUGGAGAAAAAGUGGGAGCUGGAAGGCCACCAUCUCUUCCACCACGAAGGUCAAUCCCCACGCGGCUUCAGCUUCAGGCACCCACAGAAGCAGCAUUUCUGCGGAAGACGCAAGAAAUACACGCCCAAGCCUCCCAAAGAAGACCUUUUCAUCUUGCCGGAUGAGUAUAAAUCAUGUGUAAGGCACAAGCGAUCCCUUCUGAAGUCCCAUAGGAACGAAGAGCUGAACGUGGAGACGCUGGUUGUGGUUGACAAAAAAAUGAUGCAAAACCAUGGCCAUGAAAAUAUCACCACUUACGUGCUGACAAUACUCAACAUGGUGUCUGCUUUAUUCAAAGAUGGAACAAUAGGAGGGAACAUCAACAUUGCCAUUGUUGCUUUGAUUCUUCUGGAAGAGGAACAGCCAGGGCUGGUGAUAAGCCAUCACGCGGACCACAGCUUGAGCAGCUUCUGCCAGUGGCAGUCUGGACUGACGGGGAAAGAUGGGGCUCGCCAUGACCACGCCAUCUUACUCACCGGCCUGGACAUAUGCUCCUGGAAGAACGAGCCCUGUGACACCCUGGGAUUUGCGCCCAUCAGUGGCAUGUGCAGUAAAUACCGCAGCUGCACGAUUAAUGAGGACACAGGUCUCGGACUGGCCUUCACCAUCGCCCACGAGUCUGGACACAACUUCGGCAUGGUCCACGACGGAGAGGGGAACGUGUGCAAGAAGUCGGAAGGCAACAUAAUGUCCCCCACGUUGGCAGGACGCAACGGGGUCUUCUCCUGGUCCCCCUGCAGCCGCCAGUACCUGCACAGGUUUCUAAGCACCGCCCAGGCUACCUGCCUUGCUGACCGGCCAAAGCCCGUGAAGGAGUACAAGUACCCGGAGAAGCUGCCCGGAGAGUUAUAUGACGCGAACACGCAGUGCAAGUGGCAGUUUGGAGAGAAAGCCAAGCUCUGCAUGCUGGGUUUCAAAAAGGAUAUCUGUAAAGCCCUAUGGUGCCACCGGAUUGGAAGGAAAUGUGAGACUAAAUUUAUGCCAGCUGCAGAAGGCACUACUUGUGGGCAUGACAUGUGGUGCCGCGGAGGGCAGUGUGUGAAAUACGGUGACGAAGGCCCCAAGCCCACUCACGGUCACUGGUCAGACUGGUCUCCCUGGUCCCCUUGCUCCAGGACCUGUGGAGGAGGGGUGUCUCACAGGGACAGACUCUGCACAAACCCCAGACCAUCGCAUGGAGGCAAGUUUUGUGUGGGCCCCACGCGAACUCUGAAGCUUUGCAACAGUCACACAUGUCCCCACAACAGCGUCGACUUUCGCGCCCAGCAGUGCGCCGAGUUCAACGACAAACGGUUCCGAGGAUGGUUCUACAAGUGGAAGCCGUACACCCGCGUGGAAGAUCAGGACUUCUGCAAACUCUACUGUAUCGCAGAAGGAUUUGAUUUCUUCUUUUCUUUGUCAAAUAAAGUCACAGAUGGGACUCCAUGCUCGGAGGAUAGCCGUAAUGUUUGUAUAGAUGGGAUAUGUGAGAAAGUGGGAUGUGACGACAUCCUGGGGUCCGAUGCUAUGGAAGAUGCCUGUGGCAUGUGCCGGGGCAAUAACUCCAGCUGCACGACGCACAAGGGCCUGUACGCCAAGCAGCACCGCGCCAACCAGUAUUACCAGGUGGUCACCAUUCCCUCCGGAGCCCGGAGCAUCCGCAUCUAUGAAACGAAUGUAUCUACCUCCUACAUUUCUGUGCGAAAUGCACUCAAAAAGUACUACCUGAACGGACGCUGGGCAGUGGACUGGCCCGGCCAGUACAAGUUUUCAGGAACCACCUUUGACUACAGACGUUCCCACAAGGAGCCUGAGAGCUUAACCUCUCCUGGACCAACCAACGAAACCCUGAUCGUGGAGCUUCUGUUUCAGGGAAGGAACCCAGGCAUUGCCUGGGAAUACUCCAUGCCAAGGUUGGGGGUUGAGAAGAAGCUUGGAGCCCAGCCCAGCUACACGUGGGCAACCAUCCGUUCCGAGUGCUCUGUCUCCUGUGGAGGAGGGCAGACGACCACGAGAGCAGGCUGCUACAGAGACUUGCGCGUCCCGGUGAACGCCUCCUUCUGCAGCCCCAACGCCCGGCCGGUCACGGGGGUCAUGCCCUGCAAGCUGUCUGCCUGUCCCCCCAGCUGGUCGGUGGGGAACUGGAGCGCCUGCAGCCGCACGUGCGGAGGGGGCACGCAGAGCCGGGCAGUCCAGUGCACGCGGCGCGCGCACUACAAAUCGGAGCGGGUCCCGGCCAGCCUGUGUCCACAGCCCGUCCCCUCCAGCCGACAGGCCUGCCAGCCUCAGAGCUGCCCCCCGGCGUGGAGCACCGGGCCCUGGACGGAGUGCUCGCGGACCUGCGGGAAGGGCUGGCGGAAGAGGUCCGUGGCCUGUAAGAGGACCAACCCCUCGGCCAGGGCGCAGCUGCUGCCGGACACCGUCUGCACCGCGGAGCCCAAGCCCAGGACUCACGAGGCCUGUCUGCUCAGGCGCUGCCACAAGCACAAGAAGCUGCAGUGGCUCGUGUCCGCCUGGUCUCAGUGCUCUGUUACCUGUGAAAGAGGAACCCAGAAAAGGUUCUUAAAGUGUGCUGAGAAGUACGUGUCUGGGAAGUACCGCGAGCUGGCCUCCAAGAAGUGCCUGCACCUGCCGCAGCCCCAGCUGGAGCUGCAGCGUGCCUGCGCCCCGUUUCCCUGCCCCAAGCGGCCUGCGUUCGCCGCUGCAGGACCCCCGCGGGCUGGCUGGUUUGCCUCGCCCUGGUCUCAGUGCACGGCCCGCUGCGGGGGCGGCGUGCAGACGCGGUCCGUGCAGUGCCUGGCAGGGGGCCGGCCUGCCGUGGGCUGCUCCAUGCUGCAGAAGCCCGCCGUCUCCCAGGCCUGCAACACCCAGUUCUGCCCCAUCGCAGAGAAGAAAGACGCCUCCUGCGGGGACCGCUUCCACUGGUGCGCACUGGUGCCCCAGCAUGGCGUGUGCAGCCACCGUUUCUACGGCCAGCAGUGCUGCAAGACCUGCUCCACGUCCAACCUGUGA